AUGACCAACAUUUUAAAAUGUGUAGAUGAACCACUUCUUACAAAUGCUUCAGCUUUAAAUGAGGUCAAGACACUUGAUUAUAUCACACAUGAUCUCAUACUUCCUCACUAUAAUCAAACUAAUUUCACCAAUGAAAUAAAUUUUAAUGCACUGGAAGCUUCUACAUCAGGAAAUUUGUUUAGGCUUUACGCUCUUAAAUUUGAAUAA